AUGAUUGGCAACACGGAACAGUACACCAACGCUGAUUUCGUCAAUGAUAUCCAGAAGGCCCAAGAAGCUCACAUCGAUGGCUUUGUGUUGAACAUUGCUUACGAUGACUCCACCAACGAUCGCUCUAUCCCCAUGGCUUUCGAUGCAGCCGGCAGCCUGGGUUUCAAACUACUCUUCUCUUUCGACUACGCUGGCAAUGGAGACUGGCCAAUGGACGACGUCAUCAGCCUCAUCAACAAGUACAGCUCGCACUCUGCUCACUUCAAGCGCGGUUCUCAGCCAUUGGUGUCUACUUUUGAGGGUUUCAAGAGGGCUAGUGACUGGAGUACUAUCAAGAGCAAGACCAACUGCUAUUUUAUGCCCAGUUGGUCUUCUGUUGGAGCGAAGCGAGCUGUCAGAACUGGCGAGACUGAUGGUCUCUUUAGUUGGGCGGCCUGGCCCGAGGGUCCGAACACGAUUGACAUGGAGGUUGAUGCAUCCUACCUGAUUUUCUUGAACGGGUCAUCAUACAUGAUGCCAAUUUCUCCCUGGUUCUACACCAACCUUCCCGGCUACAACAAGAACUGGCUCUGGCGUGGAGAUUCACUCUGGCAUGACCGCUGGAACCUAGCCUUUACCCUUGUCUCACAAGACCAGUGGCCCGGCCAACCAGAGGACGGAAUCGCUACCAUCAACCAAGAGGUUCUUGUGGCUUGGUACCGACUCACUCCUGCAUCGGCCUGCGGAACUGGAGGAACAACGGGAAAUACGGCGGCUCAGCUGCAGCCUGAGAUGGCCCCCGGAGAGUUGUCCCAGGACAAGAUCUUCUUCUCAGCCCUACUGACCUCUCUGCUCACCCCACGAGUCACGAUCGACGGCCAGAGACGUGUUGUCAACUGGGAUGAUGCUCCUUACGGAUUUGUCGGCAUGUAUCACGGUAGCUUUGCAUACAACGGCCGCGUUGGAAAGGUUCUCAUCGAGCUGGUUGACAGCGACGGUGCUGUUGUUGCUACGCUGAAUGGAGCUGAUCUUACAACCACCUGUGAGAAGGGCAUCACCAAUUGGAACCCAUGGGUGGGAAGUACAACGACAUCGAGAUCGGUUUCUGCAGCACCGGCGCUUUCUUUGUCAAAGCAGCAGUGUAUGAAGGGCACUGGACGAGACGGUUUCAAGGAGCUUUGCGAGUUGACAUGUUCCUUUGGAUAUUGUCCUCCCGGUCCGUGUACUUGCACCAAGCUGGGCAAGGCUCUGGAUACACCGGACCCUAAGAAUGUCGAUGGAUAUCCCCUCGCCGGUUCCGAUUGUACAUACAAGGGCCUUUGUUCGUAUGCUUGUAACUACGGUUACUGCCCACCCAAGUUCUGCACGACGGCCGCUUCGGCCAAGGACAAGUGUGUCAUCCCGCCUGAGGAGCCCGACCCCGAAGACUCGAACGAUGCUUGCACCGCGGGAACUGGAACAGGCAACUUUGAAGGACUCUGCAGCUUCUCUUGCGGACGUGGUUACUGUCCCCAGCCUCAGUGCAAGUGCACAGGACGUGGACCGACCAUCACACCUCCGCCUGCGACCUCUGCCGGAGGAUACCCUGCAAAUGGUCUUCUAGGGGACUACACUGGCCUGUGUAGCUUCGCCUGUGCCCGCGACUACUGCCCUCCAGGAGUCGCUUCGGACCUCUGGCGUGGAGAUUCACUCUGGCAUGACCGCUGGAACCUGGCCUUUACCCUUGUCUCACAAGACCAGUGGCCCGGCUAA